UCGCCGCUACCCCUCAAUACCGUUCGCGCGCGCUACCCCGACGGACGUGCACUUUAUUUUUAUCGCGUUUUUUCGUUCCUCUUUCGUUCUUUCCGUUUAUGAUUUAAGCCGCCACCAUGUCGAAAGGAGACGGUGAACAGCAAAACGGUGGUGGCGAGGAGUCCAAGACUAACCUCAUCAUAAACUAUCUGCCGCAGUCGAUGACGCAAGAGGAGAUCCGGAGCCUGUUCUCCAGCAUCGGCGAGGUGGAGUCAUGUAAGCUCAUCCGCAACAAGGGCGCGGCCUUCCCCGACGCGCUCAACCACGCGCUGCACGGCGGCGGCCAGAGCCUCGGCUACGCCUUCGUCAACUACCACCGGCCCGAGGACGCCGAGAAGGCCAUCGCCACGCUCAACGGCCUGCGCCUGCAGAACAAGACGAUCAAAGUGUCGUACGCGCGCCCCAGCAGCGAGGCCAUCAAGGGCGCCAACCUGUACGUCUCCGGACUGCCCAAGACUAUGACGCAGGCGGAACUAGAGCGGCUAUUCAGCCCGUACGGCCGGAUCAUUACGUCGCGGAUUCUGUGCGAGAACUCCGGCGGCCGGCCCUUCACCGGCGGCGAGCAGGGCCUGUCCAAGGGCGUCGGCUUCAUCCGCUUCGACCAGCGCGUGGAGGCGGAGCGCGCCAUCCAGGAGCUGAACGGGACGGUGCCGAAGGGCGCCACGGAGCCCAUCACAGUGAAGUUCGCGAACAACCCCAGCAACAACGGCAAGGCGCUGGCGCCGCUGGCGGCGUACCUGCCGGCCGCGCUGCGCUUCCCCGCGCCGCUGGGCCGGUUCAGCUCAGGCAAGUCCCUCCUAGCCAUCAACAAGGGCCUGCAGCGCUACAGCCCGCUGGCCGGCGAGCUGCUGGGCGGCGUGCUGCCGGGCGCCGUGGGCUCCGAGUGGUGCAUCUUCGUGUACAACCUGGCGCCCGAGACCGAGGAGAACGUGCUGUGGCAGCUGUUCGGGCCCUUCGGCGCCGUGCAGAGCGUCAAGGUGAUCCGCGACCUGCAGACCAACAAGUGCAAGGGCUACGGCUUCAUCACCAUGACCAACUACGACGAGGCGGUGGUGGCCAUCCAGUCGCUCAACGGGUACACGCUCGGCAACCGCGUGCUGCAGGUCAGCUUCAAGACUAAUAAGAUCAAGACCAUCUAAGGGGGUCGCCCCAGAUUCGGCCUAGCCGGACGCUAGGACGGCACAGCAGGCGCGCACCCAUACAUACAUACACGUACUGGCAUCGGAGAGCCGACAUCGCGCCACGGAACCUUCUCACCUUACUGUGAAAAUAUAGUAUUUUGUCGUGUUAUAUACUUAUAUGUAAAAUAUUACGUUUUCACCGUGUUUUUGCGAUAGUGGUGGACUUGAACUUUAACGGUGUCGAUACAAAAUGCCAAAUACUUGAUAAGCAUGAGUCUAACUGUAAUAUAGACGUAGGUGACAUUCCUCAUUGGAUCUGACUACAGACUGUCUUCCGAGACGGCCCGCCGACGGGCGUUUUUAUAAUUGUAAAACUAGAGAAACGUUUCGAGUGUAAUGUGUGGUAACCCUUUGUUCGGCGCGGGGUACAGUCGGCCGCGAGAAUUGGGUUAAGUGUUGAGGAAACAAGAUGGCGCCCGGCGAGGCGCGCAGGCGCGGGGAAGAUGGCGCCGGCGAGGGAGCCACGGUAGUAGCACGCUCCACAUGAGAUGUGGGACACCCGGCCAUAACGCAACAUACAUAUUGCUAAUAGUCAAUAACAAAAUAAUGAUAUUAAACUUCGCUUAUGAACGGUUGUGGUUAUCGAGAAAAUAGUUUUCGAAUAUAAAAUAAUAUUAGCAAUAAUAGCCUAAAUGCUAUGCUCCAAUUUUUUAUGCGAUCAUAUCGUAAUAAUUACAUUAACGUACGUAUAAUACGAGGUAAGGCCGGCUGAGACGCUCGCCGACACACAUCCCGCGAGUACAGGCGCGCACACUGGCGUCGUACCGCGCGCGGCCGCCCGACUGGCCGACUAAUCGAAGUAAAAUAGUGUUAUAUUGUUAAAGAUUGGAAAGAAAAAUAUAUAUUAUCUAUACGUAUAUUUUAAUCAUAUAUUAAAAUUAAGGAUGAAAAAAAAACUAAUCAAAAACUGUGAUAGGUUUUGAUAAAAUUUUAAAGAUCACGCGAUGGUGGAGGCGACUGUACGAGGUCCGCAGGCCUGACAGUAGUUAGUAUUAGAAAAAUUUUUGAGAUACAUUUUCGAUUGUGGUAUUACGCAUAACACGACGGGCGAUGCCAAGUCGUACGGGAGUUGACGGAUGUUCCGAGCGGAGCUUGCGGAAAAUCGAUCGAGCCAGUUCUGGGGAGCGCGCACACGGCGAGCGAGGGGGCCGGGCGGGGGCCGGGGAGCCGGGGGAGUCGGGUGCCGGGGGCACGGGGGAUAGGGGGGUCCACCCCCGCCCCCGCCCGCCUCGCCAGCGAGGACGAGUCCGUUCGCGGAACAAUGGUGCAUACUCUAGUCUAACGAUAUCGUUCCAAAAAUAUAAUUAAAUCGAUGUCUAAACAUAUGAUCGGUACCUGCUAUAAUAAUAAUGUAUGGAUGCGGCCCUGCGUCUAUUCGAACUAGGCUUUAAUUGUCUUAGUCUAAAUGGAAAUUUGUAAAUAGAAAAAAAAGUUGUUUAAUUUAAAUAAAUGAAUAACUUAUCUGUAACGCCGCGUCUCAACACGUCACACUAGUCUCUAUGUAUCAUAAACUUUUACCCGACAAAGACCUACUAUGAAACAUCGAACUUGAAUAGAUAUUUUAAAUAUCGUGCCGUCCUAACGACCCUACGAUUUUUGUAAAAAAAAUAUAUACUUAAUAUUAUGUAAAAAACAGUUUUGUAACAUUUCAAAUAUUAAAUAAAUAGGUAUCUACUCAUUACAUACCAAAAGAUGGAGAUAAAAAUUUACAAGUAUUUAUAUAUUUAUUAUAAAUGUAAAACGUGCAAUAACUAAUAGCCACUAAUUUAAUAAAAAAAAUAUUAUUAAAAAGUCAAAAUGGCUCGAAGAGGCGUUGGUUGACAAAGUGUCAAGCGUGAAGCGCCAUGGUUGUUUACUAUUUAUUGUAAACUAUUUGUUUAUCCGCACUCAGUACGCGCGAAUUGAAUUACACGGUUUUUUUCCAUUAAUUUAAUAAUAUAAAAACGACAAAAAAAUCGCUUGAUUUCGAUACAGCUUGAUAAAUGCUUUGACAUUCCAUUUUUAGUCUUAAUACUUUUAUUAGGAGUACUCUUAUUAAUUUAGAGAAAAUUCGUGAGUUACCUAUGCAUUUCUGGACGUCACUUCACCUGUCGUCGCUGACAGCUGUCAAUCCGAAGUGACGUUUCCGGGUGCAAAUUAUGUUUGAUUUAAUUCUAAUGAAAACGUUCGAUUGGCUAAGAAAUGAGUAUUUGUAUGGUCGGCGUGUGAAGCACAAGUUUUGCUAUACCUACUUAUUAUAUCUAUACUAUGUAGUUGUCUCUUAGGUUAAAUAUAGUUGUUGUGUUUUGUGUUGUUUUCAUUCAGCAUGAAAAUUUCAACUAUUCUAGUCAUAUAUUCCGAGAGGAGUCAUUAUUAAAUUAUAAUAAAAAAAAUAUUUGAUAUUUUGAAUAGUUGAAGUUAAUGAUCAAUGUUGAUAAUAAUAAUCUUAACGAUAAUUUUGUCAUAAUAUUUUUCAUCUUAGAUUUACUGUCAUUAAUUUAGUGUAUGUGCAAUUAAUUGUAUUUUAUGUGUAAAACUUAGUGUGCAUUUAACUUAUUUAAUAUAUAAUUUAUAAUUAUUAUAUUCCUAAAUAUUAAUUUUUAUCGAUGUCGAUAUUUGUCGAGUUGUCUCGUAUCUAGUCAUGAAUAGUACAGGUGCAUAGAAAUGUGAUUCACCGGUUUGCUUAUAAGCGUCGAUAAAAAUUGAUGUUUGUCGUGAAUUCGAUAAGGUAAACCUAAAUUGAUUUAUUUAUUAGGGAAAUAUAGCGGGCAAUUAAUCUAGGUCGGAAGCUUGGAUGUGCUGAAUUUAUUUGGAAAACGUGUCAACAACAUUCGGUUUAAUUACACAAUUUUCGAGUCCUUCUUAAAGUUUUUUUCUCAAAUAUUUGCGUAUAAUAAAGCUUAAUACGUCGUUUUGAAUCGAAACAUGAAACACCAAAGUAUUUUACUGAAAUUUCAUCGACUUUUUAGAUAAUAAAUAAGAAAUAAUGAGAUUGCAAAUGAUAAAAAAAUGCAAAAAUGAUAUUUUGGAGUGAAAUUGUUCGUUAGGAGUUCGGUUAGGUGUUACGUGAGUAGUUAGUAGAAUGUUUUGUGCGCCCCUCUUCUUUCGGUAAUAAUUAUAAAAAAUAAUAAUAAUUAAUAAUAGUGCUCAAUAGCUUAGAGGGCCAUGCCCGUAGUACGUAACGCGAAAAGCAAUAAAAAUAUAUGUGAAUUUUAUAAACAGAACACACGGGUAAAACUACACCAUAAUUAACUUAAUAUUUUUGUAUGUAUUUUAAAAAUAUACUGUAAUUCAUAUCUUCAUAGAUGUAAGCGGCAGACACGCAAAACGUUCUACUAAUUCCGAAUGGCUCGCGUUUUGAUUGCUUCACUAAUAUAAUACAAACCAAAUCGUGGUCGCAGGUCCCGUGCUAAAAAUAUGAUAAAAAUAAAACCUUGCUAGGUAACGCUAGAGCAAUCCAAAAAACCUAUUUUAAGAAAAAUCGCCACGGACCGCGGACUACAUGCAAUAAUAAUGAAACCGUCGACUGAAACAGUGAUGUGACCAUGAAUAUCGAUAAACGUGGAGUAACGAAAACGCGGACCAUCGCAGCUAUCUACAAAGCUAUGAUAAAUAGGUUGUGGAUACAAACGUCGAUGCUAAGUAACUAACCCCGCUAAGUGACAAGGGAUAAUCUGAUCAAUAGCAUAACGGCUACUUUUUGAAUGGUGUUUUGAUGCAUUUUUAUGAAAUUAAAAAAUAAUAAUAUUAUUAAAAAAUAUUAAAAAAUCGUAAAUUAAUUGGCAACACAGAAACAAUACUCUAAUACGCAUAGGCUAAUUGACAAUGAGGCUGUGAAAUUAGCAAAAAUAAAGUUAAAGAAACACGUGACGAUUGAUCGUAAUUUAAUAAAUAAAAUAUUAACGUAAGUUAAAUCACAGAACAGAGAUCUAAAUGGGAAUAUUUAUUUCACGCGCCACAAUACUUGUCGGCACACAUCGUUUCCAAAUCGUUUCCCAAUGUGUCGAUAUUCAUAUUUUCCCAAUCGAAAGCCUGAGCUUCGCGUAGCAUGGAAGAUGUCGAGGUGCCAUGUUCACUCGUUACCAAACUCUUUCCUGUGUACCAUUGAACACCACUUGUAUAAUAUAAGGAAUGCAUGUAUCUCCACGAGGUCGCUCCUAAGGGGCGAGCGCUCCGAGCGACGCGGGCGCCGCGCCGGCGUCGCUCGCGGCUACAUGCAGCAAUAAAGUGUAAUGUAAAGAUUGCGAUAGGACAUAAGAUAUAGGUUGCUAGCCCAUAGCCUGAAAGCCUCUCUGUUCUGUGAUUACAAUCAUGCAAUCACGCGUACAAAAACGGUUAAAGCCCAUAAUUAAUAAGUAAAUCAAUUGAAAAUAAUACUCCAAACUGUUUGACUGUCCAAUGUGAAAUAAUGAUAGAGAAAUAGAGGUGCGAUGGGAAUAAAAGCAUAUAGAGUUUUUCUAUACAGCUUAUCGUGUAGAGUGGAAUGGCCUUAAACUCGGACGCAAGCACAAAGAUAUCUGUGGCCGAGAUGUACGCGAUUCCGAUAGUUAGGUCACAAAUGAAGAAAUGAUCUUCCAUAGUAAAUAAAUACGUAAGUUUUAUAUUUCUGCACGUAAAAAUAUUUCAGUGCAACAUCAGGCCGUGUCUCGAUACUGCGCGCGCCACACGAUAUGCUCAAUUUAAUAAUGGACGCCGCGAGUAGUGUUGGGACACAGCUCCCCGAUCGAUAACUCACUCAAACGAUUGAAAUAUUUUUCACGUCGUAGAAAACUCGAGACAUCGACUAAAUGUGUUACUAUUACUUCAUAAAUGUCAAAAUUUUCUAGUGAGAAUCCAGAACGCAUUGCACAACACCUACUAAUACUUGUAUGCUGCUACAGCUGUAUUGUUAUAAAAUUAUUAAUAAAAUUUAAUACUCCAUUUGCUCACCUUGUACUUCUUUGUAUUUUUGAUCCGUUUCUCUAGUAGUAUAGCUUGAUAGUUUAAUGUCUUCGAUAAUUUUAUAAAUACAGCUACUUCUAGCGGCCCUCUGCUUCCCUAACAUAUGAUCAUCGUCACAAAUGUUCCGAACACAUAGUGUUGUACGAUUUGUUUCGAAUAAAAUUCCUUUCUGACUAACUAAUUAACGAUUCUGAUUAAAAUAGCCCUAUGUGUUUUUAUCCCUGAAUAAUCGUUAUAGACAGUGAAAACCGGAGCGAGAGUUAAAAUAAAAUCGACCUGAUGUAGGAUAAAAAGCUUUAUUUACAAACAUAUUAGAAUGAAAUUAGCUUGACAAUACGCCGUCGGGUAAAAAAACAGAUUGCAAUAAAUAUGUAAAUAAACAUCAAAGGAUCGGUCCUGCUUCGGGUAAGCGAAUUAUGAAUAAAAAUAUUAAUAACCAAUAGUUUCGAAUUUAAAAUAAAAAGUAAUAUCAUGUAAUAUCAAUUUCACUGUCUAUUUAUUAGUAUUCGUUUUCGGUGUUGAUUCCUCUUAAGCUGCAUGAUCACAGUUUGUUCCCAUUUCGUAUUCAUCUGUAGUGCUGUUGUUCUGAUAAAUUCCUAUAGUUCCCAUUUUGCAAUUACGUCGUGGUCAUUAUCGAUAGUGUUCGGGCGAGCGUGAGCGCGUCGCUAGUUCCGCAAUAGUUUGACGCGAUGGGAACGAACUCAGCGUCAUGCAAGUAGAUUGUGAUACUCCUAGUGCAUACUGAUAGUCAUUACCCAUAUACCAUAGAUCAGAAAAGUUUCACUUUUCAAGGUCUCUUCGUGUGAAUUUUAUAAUGUGUAAAAUCAAUCCGACUUCCCACAGACUCGAUAAGGCUAGGAAAUAAUUUAGAAAAAAAUGCAUCGUAAGAUAAGAAUCUCAAAAAAUAAAGUAUUGAAUAAGUAUUUUACCAACUUCAAAGUUAAGGUGUACUAGACAAUGAAAGCAAUGAUAUUUAUAAUUAAAAAAAUGAGAUUAUGAAUAAUUCGGUCAGCCAUUUUCCUUGUUCGUACUCGCUGACGUCACUUUGAUACAAAUACGUAUUUUAUAAAAGUAAUAAAAUGCAAAAAAAAGUUUAAAAAAACACUUAAGAUCUUCCGGUAUUAACAUUUAAAAAUCAAUGUUGAAAAUUUCAUUUUCGUCUUUUUAUGAAUUAUUAUAAAAUUAAGAGGUAGAUGUCUGUAUGUGUUGGUGGUAUUAACCGAUUUAGUUGAUAUUGUACCUAAAAGUUAGGUAUUUCUAUAAUAAUUAUUGUGUCGGUUUAAAUAAAUUACCUCUACAUUAUAGCUUUUGUGAGAAAAAUUUUACGUUGCACAAGAAAUAGUAGAUUCGAUUAAGGUCGGAUCACUAAAACUGCGACUGUCCCUUGUUCCUCGUGGACUUGCCCGCUCGGAGCCAGGACAGUGACUCGUCUCAGACGAGGCGCCGCGUCUAAACGCAGCACCGCGUCUCCGACGGUUCAAAAAGAAUAAAAAAUGUAUCAAAUUGUCAAACCGAUUGCAAUAAUAUUUGACAGCUAAUAUAUUUUUAAUGUCCAUUACAGUUUUAGUGUCGUCUUUAGUCAUAAAUGUUGUUUCCGAUAAUUUAUAAGAUCGUUCUAAGGAUAUUGUGUAGAGUUCUUCAAAGCGGCUAACUUAUUCCUCAGAAGAAGCGAGCCUUUGGAAAAUUCUACGCGCCAUCUUUCUUUCGAUAACGGAUUAGAAAGAUUUUGAAUAAAAAAAGAAUACUCAUUCCUAAAAGUAAGCAUUAAUAACCAAUAUAUUUACAUCAGUAGAUACUUGGCUGUUUUUACGUAAUUAUUAAUUAAUAUUUUCACGUAAUUUAUGUGUCUAUAAUUAAUUAAUUUAUUGGAAUUAAUUAUAAUAAAAAAAUAUGGAAAAAAUGUCACAUUCUUCUCACUUUAUACAAUAGUUUUUACAAUAUGAUAUUUAAUAUCCUCAAUGGUUGUAACUAUACAUUUCUUGUUCUAAAUAUAUAAAAAACCCGAA